AUGGAAAUUUGCUUGCAAAAUAAUUUACGGUUUCAACCAGUUACAGUUGUGGUGGACUUUGAAAUUGCUAUUCAUAAUGCAAUUAAAAAUAUUUGGCCAACAGUGCAAAUUCAUGGUUGUAAUUUUCAUUUGUGCCAAAAUUGGUACAGAAAAAUCCAGCAAUUAGGCCUAACGAAUGAUUACAAUAAUGGUGAAUCUGAAAUUGGAAAAUUUUUAGUUCUCACAUUCGGUUUACCAUUAUUGCAAGAUGCUAACGAUAUUGAAGAUUGCUUUGUAUUUGAUUUGUUAGAAAAUAUGCCAUCUGACGAUAAAGUCCAACAAUAUUGCGACUAUUUAUCUGAAAAUUAUAUUUUUUCGUUUUCAUUAUUUCCUCCAAAAUUGUGGUCUUCUAAUGAUACUACAUAUGCAUGUGAAUCAUUUCAUUCAAGAUUUAAUAGUAGUUUUUAUCAUCAUCAUCCAAAUCUCCAUUUAUUCGUCAAAGUUUUGAAAGAUAUUCAGACCGAAACAUACAUUAAAAUUAGAAGCAGUCAUACAACACAACGCAGACAGACAAAAACUAUUUCUAAAUAUCAAUUUAUAGGUACUUAA